ACCGGCUUGAGGGGCCUGAGGCCUCUUGUCCUUGUGAGAUUAUGAGCAGAGCUCCCUUUCCUCGUUAGCUUCGGGGCGGGGCUGGCAGAUGUCAUUACAUUGUUUCCCUAGCUCCGGCCGUUCAGGUCGGCCGUCAGCGCAGGCGCGAGGCGAGGGCGAGAGCGGAGUUCUCCGCAAAGGGUCCGGCGCUCCACUUCCGGCCGCCCGAAGCAACCAAUUUUGAACCUGCAGGCGCCUGAGUCCGAGACUGCUUCUCCGUGGCCGUGCUCCCCGAGCCUGUAAGUGGAGAGGCGGGGUGUUUAUUCUUUCGUGCUCGCGGCGUUCUACCUUUACGCUGUCUUAAUUCCCGGCAUUCUUCUGCUGACCGUGCGAACUGGUGGAACGUCAAUAUGAAAUACGGAACACAAACUUGUUUUCAAACUUUGCUCCAUAAGGCUUUGAAAAAUUAAAUAGUACGUCCUGAAACCAUAAAGAAUAAAAAUGUCUGUAACAUUGCAUACAGAUGUGGGAGAUAUCAAAAUAGAAAUCUUCUGUGAGAGGACACCCAAAACAUGUGAGAAUUUCUUGGCUCUUUGUGCCAGUAAUUACUACACUGGCUGUAUAUUUCAUAGAAAUAUCAAGGGAUUCAUGGUUCAAACAGGAGAUCCAACAGGCACUGGAAGAGGAGGUAACAGUAUCUGGGGCAAGAAGUUUGAGGAUGAAUACAGUGAAUAUCUGAAGCAUAAUGUUCGAGGUGUUGUAUCUAUGGCUAAUAAUGGCCCAAAUACAAAUGGAUCUCAGUUCUUUAUCACCUAUGGCAAGCAGCCACAUUUGGACAUGAAAUACACAGUAUUUGGAAAGGUAAUAGAUGGUCUGGAGACUUUGGAUGAAUUGGAGAAGUUACCAGUAAAUGAGAAGACAUAUCGACCUCUGAAUGAUGUGCACAUCAAAGACAUAACCAUUCAUGCCAACCCAUUUGCUCAGUAGCUAUAAUAGACCAGGAUAGAUACUUGGCAAACUCUUCACUGGAACAUGCAUGUUAUGGGUACCCCAGGUUUGGUUUUUUUUUUUUUUUUGUUUUGUUUUUGUUUUUUGUUGUUUUGAGGUAGGGUCUCACACUAGCAAUACCAGUGUAUUUAUUUAAUGUUAACAUAACAUAGUGCCUUAUUACAUGUAAAUAUCCUUGUGUUGUUUAAAUGUUUUUAUUGAUUUGUAGGCAGAGAGAGUGAAUAUGGCCACACCAGGGCCUCUUGCUGCUGCAAAUUCCAAAUGCAUGCACUACUUCAUGCAUCUGGCUUUACCUGGAUACUGGGAAAUUCAGCCUUGGCCAGUAGGCUUUGUAAGCAAGUGCCUUUAGCCACUGAGCCAUUCCCCCAGCCCUAUUUACUAUGUUCUGUUUAUUUUCUGAGGAAUGAUGCCAGUAUAUUUGCUUUUCAGUUCUUUU